CUGGAAAACUAUGAAUGCGACAAGCCGCGUCACAGCCACAUCAAAAACCCAAACCGCGAACCUUCUUCCAAAAAAUAGACAGAAGCCGGUCGGCUUGAGUAUCCACGUUUAUUUUUUGUUUCCUGAAAGAGAAAGACUUUCGCAAAGGCAAACUUCGACUUCGCAGACAUUUGCGCAAAGAGGC